CAAAUAUAACCUCAAUAUCAGUUUAUUUCGUUUUUGAUAUUAAUUAGGAAUGUUGCUAAAAAGUUUGUUCGGUUUAUCCCCCAAUAAGCUGGGCCAUUUCCGUAGGAUGUACUGCAGUAGAAAUAUUAUAAAAUUGAAGGAACGAGGCAUGUAUCAAGACAUCUUUCCCGAUGUUUUUCUGCAGGAUAUAGUAGAUUUAUUAAAUAAAGCUCCUCAGUGCGUUUAUGCCGGUUUCGAUCCGACCUCUGAUAGUUUACACGUAGGCAAUCUACUGGUGCUCAUCAAUCUACUGCACUGGCAAAGAGGUGGACACAACGCUAUCGCUGUUAUCGGAGGUGCUACUGCGAAAAUCGGCGAUCCGAGCGGUCGUAAUGCGGAACGCGAUAAGCUUUCUACCCAACUUAUAGAUCUGAACAUACGGGGAUUAAACCAGAACAUAGAACAGAUAUUUGACAAUCACAAGAAGUAUUUCUGGAGUGACAAAUUUUUACCUGAAUACAAGAUAUUAAACAAUGAGAGUUGGUAUGAGAAACUGACAGCGAUCAAUUUCAUUGGAGGGCCAGGUCGAUACCUACGUAUGGGAACGUUGCUAUCACGCACGAGUGUGCAAAGUAGAUUGGCUACAGCUGCAGGAAUGAGUUUCACCGAAUUUAGUUACCAACUAUUUCAAUCGUACGAUUGGUUGCACCUGUACAGCAAAUAUGGAUGCCGGUUUCAGAUUGGCGGCAGCGAUCAAAUGGGUAAUUUAAUGUCGGGGCGCGACUUAAUUGGAAAGGCAUGCAGAGAUACGGUUUACGGGCUCACUCUGCCACUUAUUACAACGGAGAUGGGCGAUAAAUUUGGAAAGUCGGCCGGUAACGCCAUCUGGUUGUCUCCAGAGAAAACUUCGCCAUUUACGUUUUACCAGUUUUGGAUUCGCACACCGGAUUCGAGCGUUGAAAAGUUGCUUAAGCUCUUCACUUUUAAUAGCGUGGGCACGAUUAAGGAUACGAUGAGGCGGCAUUUGGAGAAACCGGAAUUGAGACUGGCACAGAAAAAGUUGGCGGAGGAUGUUAUUUUGUUGGUACACGGCAAGGAGGGCUUGGAACAAGCGGUAGCGGCCAGCAAGGCGUUAUACGAAGGAAAUGUGGCGGCGUUGGGCGAAAUGAAAGUUGAAGAAAUCGUGCGCAUGUUCGAUGGCGCAUCUGUUGUACAAAUUUUACCAGAACCCGGACAAAGUGUUUUAGAUAUGGCAAUGAAAGCUGGUUGUUUUCCUACCAGCGCGGAUGCUGUUCGAAUAAUCUCUGCCGGUGGAUUUUAUGUUAACCAACAGAAGUCGACGAAUCCCAAUGAAGUGUUAAACCCAUCAGUUCAUCGAUUAUCAAACAAUCUAUCACUGCUUAGAGUGGGAAAAAGAAAUUAUUACGUAGUGAAAUGGUUGUAAUUAGUAAUAAAUGUUUUUUACAUGUC